CAAGAAACUGCUUCCAGCUUAAUAUAUUGAUACAAUGUCCGACGAGUAUUUGGUAUCAAGUAGAUCGAGGCGUUCCAAUGCUGGCUCUCGGUUGAAGCUGUUGAUUGAACUAGAAAAUCAAUCGAAUGAACUACAAGGUGCAGCAUCCCAAUUUGCUGAUGAGGAAGAUGAAAAUGUUAAUUUACUUUUCCAAGAAGAUGAUGACGAUAUGGAGUUCGUUGAAGAGAAACUGUCCGAUAUGGAACAAGAAGAUGAAGAUGGAGAGGAAGAGGAGGAUGCCGGGGAUGCUGAUGAUGAUGAUUCGAAAGAAAAUAGAGAGAUUACAGCCGAAGAUGAACUUCGAGAAAUAUUAUCUGAUGCCGAAGAGGAUAAGGCUUUAAAUUCAGAUGAUGUUUUAUCUGAAUCUGAGCUUUCGUUGUCAGAUGACGAUGAAGAAGAAGGUGAAGUAGAACUUCAAAAACAAGAACGGUUAAAGAAAAGAAAACUUAAGAAACAAAAAAGUCUAAUACCAACGAUUAAAAAACCAAAAUUAGACCAGCAGGUUUCAAAAAAGGAAAUCUCUGGAUCGAAAUCGAAAUCCAAUUUGAUUACUUCGGACACAUUAUUAUUAUCUGCACGAAGAUCAUCGUCGAGAGCAUCAGCUCUCGAAAAUAAACAAGCUUUGGUUGAAAGACUUAAAGAAAGUGAAGAAAGAAGAGCUAAGGCAACACCAAUUGUUCGUGAAAAAGAACGUGAGCUUACUCAGGAAGAAAGAUUAUUAGAGGCCAUAGAGACAGAAAAGGCCAACGUUCUAUCGUUGAACUUAUUUAAAGAGCAAGAAAUAGUGAAGAAAGAACAUCGUAGACAAUUGCUUUCUCUGAAACGUGAAAAAUUGAGAAACAUAAUUAGAUUAGUAUCUCAGGAAUCGUUUGUCACUCCACUAGAUGAAAUCAAUGAUGCAAAGCAUGUGUACGAGCUUUUCAACAGUAAGCUGAGAAAGAAACCAGGAAGAAGAAAGAAACACACACAAAUUGAAGAUACCAGUAGCGUUGUAAGGUUUCCUGGUGAAAUAGAUACCGAAUUGCCAUUAGUCAAAGAAGAACUAGAAAAGGAGAGGAAAAGAAAAGAAGAAGAGGAAGCAUUGAAGAAAGAAAAAGAAGAUACUCAGCCAGAGGGUCAAAACACUGUGUCUGAACUCACUGAUAAGGAACAACAGACCGAGAAUGCUGCGGACGGCUCACAGUCAAAAAAAGAGAAUGGCUUGACCAACUCUCUUCAAGAAUCGUUGAUAAGUGGACCAGAACAUAAAGAACCAGAAAAUGAUCAUACCGCUACUGGAGACGCAACUAUAUCAAAUAUCCACACUGAACCUUCAGAGUCGAAUGAAAACAGCAUUGACAAACCUGCAGAAUCUAUUGAAUCAAAAAAACCACAGCUGACAGAAAACAUCAGUGAAGCAGAAAAGAUCAGUGAAGCAGAAAAAAUCAAUGAGAAGUAUACUGAUGAGAAAUCUACAACAGGUAUUGAUGACGCUAACGACAAUUCCACUGCACCCAUUGAUGAUAAUAAUGCCAAUGAUGAUACUGGUGAAGGUGUCACUGAAAGUACCAACGACACCAAUGAAAUCAAUGAAACUAAUGCAACCAAUGCAACCAAUGCAACCAAUGAAACCAAUGAAACCAAUGAAACCAAUGAAACCAAUGAAACCAAUGAAACCAAUGAAACCAAUGAAACCAAAGAUGAUAUAGAAGAUACCUCUAAAGAAAAAAUUAGCGACAUGGGAGAUUUAGAUGAUCAUGAAUCCACUUUCAAGGCCAGCGACGUCAAUGAUAUUGCAAAUGACCCUAAAUCUGAUCUGGUUCAAGAAUCUGAAUUAAACAAACCUGUCAUCAAAAACGUGAAAAGGGUUACGUUUGCAGAUAACGAAACAUCAAGAGAAAAUACACCAAUGGAGGAAGAUAACGAAGAUAAGGCUGAUGAUGAAGAGGGAAAUGAAGAAAAUGGGGAAGAAGUUUUUGAAGGCCCCCCUCAAAGAGUUGCCAGAAACAUUUUAUAUCUUCUUGAUUUCGACGACGAUGAUAAAGAUCGAAAGCUAACACCUUUGAAUGUGAAGACUAUUCUUUUAGGGCCUCAAUCUCAAUAUCCAGCCAGUCACAGAUUCAAGGAUACCAAGACCAUUCUUAGAAUUGGACACGUUGACAAUCCAUACGCAGUUGUCAAAGAAGAAAAAGAUCCUAUUUUUGAACUGGUUUCUGAGUUGACCGAAGACAGUACUAUGUUUGAUGAGCUCAAGCGCUUACCAAGACUUGGUGUUGUUCAAGAUUUUGUCGAGGAAGAAGAGGAAGAUGCCAAAGCUGAACAAACCGUUAUUAAUAUCAAGACUGAAGCUCCGACAGGUCUUUACUUGCCUAAUGGUAAUAAGAAGAAAUGUUUCAUCACUGGUGACGAAGUUAAAUACUUUGAUCCUUCAAAUGGGUUGCCAUAUAGUAGUGUUGAAGCCUACCGAACACUCAAAUCAAUUGAGCAAGGAAAUGUACCAUGGUUUACUUUUGAUAAUGAAUUCAAUAGUUGGGGAAGUACUGAAAUCUAUUUGGGUACUAGAGAUGGGACUACGAGGCAUGCACAAGGGGUUCCAGAAGGUUUUGCGGGUUAAACAAUAAAAUAAUCUAUUUAUAAUUAACAAAUGUGACUUUUUGCAUGUAUAUAUAAGUUUAUAAUGAAUACUAAUGACUAAAAUCUAAUGAAAUAAAACCUUUAUGCGA